UUUAGAAGAGAGAGAGUUUCCAAGUGGCGGGAUUUUGGCAUACAAACAUUUUUCCCGUCGAGGGGAAAAACAAAUCACUUUCUCUCUCUCUCUCUCUCCCUAAAAACAUUCACGAGAAAGUGGAAUCACAGGAAUUUGGAUUCUGAAGAAUUCGAUUUAGAUCUUAGAGGUUUAUUAUCCGUCGGAUUUUUUAUUAUUAUUACUGUUAUAUAUAAAAAAAAUGAGUAAAUUCAGUUCUUAUUGAUUGUUAGGCCAAUUGAGAGAUUUAGGGUUUCAAAUUGGAUCUCUAGAAACAAAGGAUUGUAGAGAUCUCGGUAAAGCUGGGAAAGAGAUGGAAAGGAAGAAAUAUCCAAUAGGAGCAGAGUUUUAUGAGAUUUUUGAAGAAAUAGGUCAUGGAACUAGUGCUUCUGUUUACCGUGCAAUUUGUAUUCCCUUAGAUGAAGUUGUUGCUGUAAAGAUCCUUGAUUUUGAAAGAGAUAACAGCGAUUUGUUGAAUAUCUCCCGUGAAGCACAAACCAUGAUCUUGGUUGACCACCCUAAUGUUCUGAAGGCGCAUUGCUCCUUCGUUAGUGAUCAUAAUCUGUGGGUUGUUAUGCCAUUCAUGGCUGGGGGUUCUUGUCUUCACAUAUUGAAAGCUGCUUUCCCAGAUGGUUUUGAGGAGGUGGUUAUAUCAACUAUCUUAAGAGAAGUAUUAAGGGGUUUAGAGUAUCUUCAUCACCAUGGGCACAUACACAGAGAUGUUAAAGCUGGAAAUAUUCUUGUGGAUUCACGUGGUGCUAUUAAACUUGGAGAUUUUGGUGUAUCUGCAUCCCUUUUUGAUGCAGGUGACAGGCAGCGUGCUAGAAAUACUUUUGUAGGAACACCUUGUUGGAUGGCACCUGAAGUUAUGGAGCAAUUACAUGGAUAUGACUUCAAGGCUGAUAUCUGGUCUUUCGGUAUAACAGCGUUGGAGCUUGCACAUGGUCAUGCCCCUUUCUCGAAGUAUCCUCCAAUGAAGGUUUUGCUUAUGACUUUGCAAAAUGCCCCCCCUGGCCUUGACUAUGAAAGGGAUAGAAAGUUCUCAAAGUCUUUUAAGCAGAUGAUUGCUAUAUGCUUAGUGAAAAACCCUCUAAAGCGUCCUUCUGCGCGGAGAUUAUUAAAGCAUUCUUUCUUCAAGCAAGCUAGGUCCAAUGAGUACAUUUUGCGAACAAUCUUGGACGGGUUACCUACUCUUGGGGACCGCAUUAAAGAACUAAAGAGAAAAGAAGAUGACAUGCUCGCACAAAAGAAAAUGCCAGAUGGGAGAAAGGAAGAAAUAUCACAGAAUGAAUACAAAAGAGGAAUUAGUGGUUGGAAUUUCGACGUUGAAGAUCUAAAGGCACAAGCAUCACUGAUUCAGGAUGUUGAAGAGACAAUUCCCGACCAGGAUCAAGUAGGGUGCUCCAAUUCUUCAUUCGGGUCUGAUGCGCAGAUGAGCAGCUGUUCGGAAUAUGAGGGUGCUGAUAGAGUAAAGCCAGAAGAAAACAAAGCAGUGAUAAAUAGGUCCUUGUCUCUGCCAUCAGCUGACAUCAUUGUGGAAAAUCUCAAAGGUAGGUGUGAGAGGUCCGAUGACUCAAAUGCAGCUGUUCAUGAGCAUAACAGUUCACUUGAUAAUGUACAUCUCCGGGACGACCACGUUAGAAACAAUUUCAAUGAAAAAGCUGAACUGGAUAUCGUCGGAAGGAGUUUGGAGGGCAAGGCUACUAAUUCUGGUCAUAAAAGUAAUGAGCAGCAUCUUCAGGGCCAGAGUACGAUAAAUUGCAAUGGAGUUGUGCCAAGAGUAGUAGAUGAUGCCGCUUGUGGAAGUCUAAACAGAUCCAACUCAUUAGUUGCAGCAUCAAAUGGUGAGAGCCUUGAUGAAAAAGGGAAGGCAACAGUUGUACAGCAAAAGGGCCGUUUCAAAGUGACAUCCGAGAAUCUCAAUUCCGAAAAGGCUGCAUCUCCCGUGAUGCAUAAAAGCCAAAGCAUGCAGGUAAUAAGCCAGCAUCCUGCAUUUGGCCAGCAGGCAGCAACUGAUGCUACACCAAAUUUACCAUUGAACCUUGGCCCAGCCUAUUCUCAGUUGUAUAGCAUGUUACAAGCAAAUAUUUCACAACAGGAAUCAAUACUAAGUUUGAUGAAGCAACUCACCAAAGAUGAUCCAAAAGCUAACCUCUCAAUAUAUGGAGGCAUGGCACCACCUACUGCAUCAUCAACAGACAAGUCUUUGUUGGAGUUGGCGCAUGAAAAAGAGAAGGAGUUACUGCAAGAAGUGACUGAUUUGCAAUGGAGGCUCAUAUGUACCCAGGAGGAACUCCAGAAAUGUAAGAUGGAAAAUGCUCAGUUUCAAUAGGAUCUGAUUCUACAAAUAGUUCAUAGAUAUAUUGCGAGAAAAGUUCCCAGAUAGGCGAGGAAGAUGGACAAGGUAAAGAUUGAAGAUUAGAAGAUGGCACAAUUUGUGCUCUCAAUAGUGAUAGAAGAUUGCCGAAGACAAAUCUGCGCCAAUUUGUGCAGUUUUUUUCUAUUCCUCACCUCUUCAUGAUGUAUGUAUAUCAUUCUGUCUCAACAUUUUGCUAAUUGUGCUUUUACAGUGUGAUUCUGUGAAUAUAUAAAUGUUCUCUCUCUAAUAUUUGUGGAGCAUCAUAGUCACCAAAGAGGUUUUACAAAGGGAAAGGUUACCAGAGUAGUUUAACAAGGUCUCCGAGGCCGAUUUCCAAGCGACUACAUGACCUUGGUGAUUUUUAUUCCAAGCUGAAUCCGAGUUUGAGCGACUAAAUAGGUCGCCAAGGCCGAUUUUAGGCGAUUUUCAGCUGAUCCCAAGCCGAUUCUUUUUUAAUUACUUUAAUGUUGAAUGUAUGUUAUGUUGAACCCAUAUAUAGUCUUAAUAUUAUUGGUAGUGCUAAA